GCAUGCGCAGUGAGACGAUGGGAAUUUCCAACAGCUGAGGAGGCGUAGCUAGCCGCGGCUAGCUCUCGUUACAGCUUGGAGCCGGCUCAGAACAACCCCACCAUCACGACUGUGGCUCCACCAUGAGUGACCUUGAGCUCUGCACGCCAGGAAUGGAAUAAAAACACAACGCUUCGUUAGCAGAGCGUGAAAGCAAGAAGCUCCUCCUGACGUCACCGUAGACCUGAUUGUCCUGAAACGAGUCGGGCGCCGAGCCAACGCCAGAGAUGCCCGUGAGAAGGCGUCCCAACGGGCUGCAGCCUAGCGACGCCAACUGAAAGGACCACGACGACCGCGUCUCUUUUGUUAGAAGGAUGUGCUGCUGAUUGGAUGCAAAAUCUCAUUCCUCUCCCACCUCUCCGAAACGUUAUUAACGUUGGAACGUGUGCCAAGCGUUCGCAGUGAAUCAUGGUGACCAAAAAUGGGGCUUGAAUGUGGCACCCUGACGCGGAGUAUGCUCAAAGGGGUGAGGCUCUCUCAGAAAAGUAGAACAGCCGACUGAUAGUCCGCUGCCGAUAAUGGAUGCCAAGUUAAAAGAGGACCUGUUUCGAAGGUAUGUGACGCUGCUGGAGAGGCGUCUGGAGGGCGGAGGGGACUGCACGGGGAUUGCAACGUCACCAGAGGGGGACAGGUGGAGGCACAAGGACAGCGAGGCCCUGCUCUCCACGGCUACGGCUCUGCUGGGGGCCUACCAGCCUGAUCCGGGGCAGCGUUUCCGGAUGGUGCGUUUCUAUGAAGUGGUGGAUAAUUCCCUCCGCUGUCAGAGAGGGGGCAACAUCAGGAGCCUGGAGAGAGCCUUCCACACCUUGGAAACCAUAGUCACCAACCUCCUGCUCUUCCCCUGGAAGAAGGAGUUCAGAUCUAUCAAAACCUUCACUGGCCCGUAUGUGUACCAUCUGCAGUCCGCCAUCUCUGAUGCCGAGCUCCGAACUCUAAUGCGCACCAUCGGCUACGCCUGUGACCACGAUUCGCAGUUCCAUUUGCAGGAGCACCCGGGAGGCACCAAUCAUCUGCGGCAGCUGGCGUUCGAGCUCUUCCUGGCCCAGGCGGAGUGUCGUCUUCUGGGAGAGGUAGUGGCUCUGGCGCGCGGUUCCGCCUCGGAGCUGGAAGCCCUGGAACUCCGCAAAGGCUGCCGAGACGACGCAGCCGGCUGCGCGGAGGCGCUGCGCAGACGCGACAGCCUCGCGGACAUGGCUCGGCUGUCCGUGCGGCCGCUGGACAUCGAGAGGCCCCACGGCCACCACCUGAGGCGAGGGAGCCGGCCGUCUAAGUCCGUGGACGUCACAGACGGGGCCGGUCACUGGCACCCAGCGGUGAGCAAGCCGGUCCUGAAGGCCUCGCUGAGCCUGAGGAAGGAGCCUCUGUUUGUGGACGCGGAGGAGGAUAUGAAGGAUGAGAUCAUCAGGCCCUGCACCUCAGCGUCGCUCUUCUCCGUGGCGGCUCCGCCUUCCUACAGCCCCGUUGCGGAUUUCUUCCCAAUCCAGUCGCCUCCGGCGGACGCUUACACAUCCUACCACCUGUCCUCUUUGGAUGAGAUCGACUUGUACACGGAGCGUGGCGUCGGGACGGGGAGGCAGACGCCGUCUCGCCCUCCGUCCAGAGAGCCCCGCGACGUGAGGGACACGUGGCUGCUCAAAGCUCACGGCAGUGUGAAGUGUCAGGGCUGCGGGUUGUGCUGCUCCUCCAUGGCGUCCUGCCAGAGAUGCGACAUGAUCCUCUGCGCCGCCUGUCACGACGUGGACCCGUCCCCAUGCUGCGGCCUCCAGGACUACCACCCCAAAUCCCCGCGGCCCCUGGACGGAUACAUCCCCGUCAAGGAGAAGCUCUCCGUCUACUCCAACACCCACUCCCACGCCCACCUCCACCCGCACCCGCUCACGCUGACCCACUCGCACUCCCACCCCCACCCCCACCCCCAGAUGGUGGAGAAACCCCUCAUGUCCACCAAGCUGUUCGCGAGCAAGUCCGUCGCCCUGACGACGCCGAAGGGGGCGUGCGACCGGCUGAGCCUGGGCGGGUCGCGGUGCGGCUUCUGCAACAAGCCGGGGGCGUCGCACACCUGCGUGAACUGCUCCAAGGUGUCAUGUGACUCGUGCAUGGGCUUGUACGCCAAGGAUAUUUGCACGCGGAAGAAUCCCCAGCACAGCUUUGUGCCCAACCAUCAGCUCAACUUCAAAUCCGGCACCAUCUCUCACCUGGUGUACCGGUGAAUCAGGCCGACGGAAUAUUUGUUUCUCCCUCCUCCCCCCCGCUGCGUAGUCUCUCUAAAGCUUCAGCUCUGCUCCCGUUUAAAGCUAUCUCCCCCUUUUAUCUGACGGGCGUUUUUUUGCUCUCUCUAACCCUCUCUCUCGAACUUUGUACAUUUUCUCUCGCUGGCGGCGGGCCCUGGAAUGCACACGCCACAGAGAGCCAUAUCGCCCGCCCAUCUCUCUGCCUUGUACAAGUUCAGGCCUUUUUUAAAAAUCUACUUCUUCUUCCUCCCCCCCCCUUGCUACCUGCUCUUGAGUAGUCAUGUGAUGUUGUAGCGCUUCCCCCUCAAUUGUUGUCCUCCUCAAAAGGGAAACCGGAGAAAAGGGAGUUUUAAUUCCUUCUCAUUCUGAAUGAAUUCCGUCCAAAUGAACAUAUAUAUAUAUAUAUAUACUUUGCCUAACUUCUCAGCUAAGAAUUCCUCUAUAUAUAUAAUAUAUAUAUACAGUAUAUAUGUGUGUAUGAGAGUGUGUGCGUGCGUGCGUGCGUGUAGAAAAGACCUCCUAGCUUGCAUUGUGACACAGGAGCUCUUUUUAAACUUGAAAAACGAUAGGGAAAAAAACAGAGAAAACAUACACUGGAAGUCAAUAAGUCAAUAGUAUAUAUAUUUUUAAUCUCUAUUCUCUAGAACAAUGUGAGACUGUUAAAUGGGCAUGAGGUCUGGCAUUGGGGCUUUUUUUCCUGGGGUUGUAAACUUGUGUCUGUGGGCGUGGGGCGGGACAUAUUGAGCCAAUGGUCAGAUGCCAUAUAUUCUAUUUAAAAAA